AUGGGUAUCUGCCCUGACGCUUUUGAUGGAGAUGAACUGCUGAGUUGCAGCUUGGAACAGUUGAAGGACGCGGCGAAUGAGUUUGUAGAGAUCAUGAUAAUGCUGGUGGGCAAAGCGAAUACUCCUGAAGACAAGAUCGGGACGCCCUCGGGCUCACUCCGUAAACACCCCGCGGGAUCGCCCCGCUACGCCUCGGAUGACUCCGAGAGCGAGUCAGAUGGAUCCAUCAGCAUCUGUCAGAUGUCUCUAGGACCAUCGGGUGGAAGGUUCUUGAAGGACAAGAUCGGACUAGCCAAGAUAGACGCCUAUAAGGGACAAGCCAAGAGUAACAUGCCGCAGAGAUCGGCCAGUACCCGCAUUGGGCUGGAUGAUCAAGAAGAGGGCGAUCUAAGUCGGUACUUCAAUUCAGCCAUGAAGAAGUACGAGGCGGAUCAACGUACAGCUCAGCGAAUGAAUCGACAGCCAAACCGCUACCCAGAUCGACAUACUUUGCUCCAACCUUCACACGAAAGCCUUGACAUGCCGGAUGUGGAGAGAGUCGCCGCGACCGGUGCGACUACCGGAGGGGGAAGCAUCACGCAGAGGAUCAGAAUCUCAGCGAUUUCUGAGCUGAAAGAAUUCUCAGGGAAGGAUCGGGAAGAAGAUAAAGCACGGACCUGGAUCGGCAAAGUGAAAUCAGCGUUUAUCCGGGACCAAGCACCGGACGAGGAGAGAUGUCUGGUCUUCGGUGAUCUCAUGGUGGGCCCAGCCCGCUACUGGUAUCGACAGCUGAGUAGAUCGACGAGAUUCAAUUGGAAAGAAUUGAUGAACAGUUUUCUUGUGGAGUAUGCGGGACACGGGAUGUCCGCGAGCAGGCAGUACUACCAUGCAAAGAAACGAUCGGAAGAAGAUCCCUUACAGUACCUGUAUCGGCUUAAUGUGAUGGGAAUGCAGGCGAAGAUACCGGUGAUGACUGGAUUGCCAGCUGCGCGCAAGGAACAUGUCAAUCAUUUCAUUGACACCUUGGACGACCCCGAUCUGUCCAAUCAAUUGCUACUGCUGAAUGUAGAAGACGCGGAGGCCAUGCAAAAGACACUGCACGGAUAUCAACAAGGGAGAUCGCGUCAAGGGAAAGUGAUGAUGGGAUUGUCCAAAUUCAGGCAGAAGGGAACUCAGGGUCCAGCGCUAUCUAAGCCUGCACGAGCGGUAAGGAUGGUCCGUACCGAGGACGUCUGCAGCGAGUCAGGAUCGGGCACCUGCGGAUCGGAUUUGGAAGAUCGAUUGAGAUCUAUCCAUGUGGCUGCUACUGCGGAUCGCCGUUCAUCCCCUAAUGACGUUGCAGCAAACGCGAGAUCGGUCGACCCGAACACUCGUCAAGACUAUCAAGAUCGCAAUAUGCCAUUGAAGCCGUGUACUCAUUGCGGAUCGACCAAGCAUGGAGAUCUCGAUUGCUGGAAGCGGCUCACUUGCCAGAAGUGUGGGCGUAAAGGACACCCCUCUGACAAUUGUUUUUUCGUGUGUCGUGCUUGCGGUGAGAUGCACGACCCGGGGAAGUGUCCCAUGGAGGAGUUCUACAACAUGAUCCGUCAGUGGUACGUCCCGAAUAAGCAUGCGGGGAUGCUACCAGAGAAGGCCAAGAAGAUGUCAAACUAG